AUGGUUUCCCAAGAUCAUCAGCUCCAUGUAAUGUUCCUUCCUUACAUGGCACCAGGCCACAUCAUACCAAUGGUAGACAUGGCCAGGCUCUUUGCUGCAAAUGGCAUCAGAGUCACCAUUUUAACUACUACCAAGAAUGCUCUUCCUUUUCAGAAUUCAAUUGCUCGCGAUGUUCGAUUGGGUCGGAAAAUUUCUCUCGAAACCCUUCGUUUCCCUUCUGUAGAAGCUGGCCUCCCUGAAGGCUGUGAAAAUAUGUUCCAAGCUUCAUCUCCAGAAAUGUACAAACUGUUCUUUCGAGCUUUGGAACUACUGAAGCCGGAAUUCGAACAUCGCUUUCGUCAAAAUCAUCCUGAUUGUAUUGUCUCCGACUAUCUUUACACAUGGACAGUUAAGCUUGCCAAUGAACUCGGCAUUCCAAGGCUUGCUUUUAGUGGCAGUGGAUUCUUUAAUCUUUGUGUCUCACAUAACAUUGAUAAAUACAAGCCUCACGAGGAUAUCAAAUCGGAAACGGAAAAUUUUGUUGUUCCAGGCUUGCCAGACGAAGUGAAACUCACAAGAUCACAGCUUCCGGAUAUUGUUAAAACCAAAAAUGAAUUCUCUUCUUUGUUUGAAGAGCUCAAGAAGGCAGAGAGGGACAGUUUCGGGGUGUUGGUUAACAGCUUUUAUGAAUUGGAGGCAGCUUAUAUCGAUCAUUUUACGAAAGAUAUCAAAAUCAGGGCGUGGCCUUUAGGUCCUGUCUCAAUGUUUAAUAAAGAUAUCAAUGAUAAAAUUGAAAGAGGGGGCAAUAGUUAUGUAUCUAAACACAGCUGCCUGAGUUGGCUUGAUUCCAGGGAACCCAAUUCAGUCCUCUACAUCUGUUUCGGAAGCUUGACAAGAUUCAGCAAAGCUCAAAUUACAGAAAUAGCUUGUGCACUUGAAGAGUCAGGGCAUUCCUUUGUUUGGGUUCUUGGAAAAGUUUCAGAUUCUAAAGAUGGUGAAUUCUGGUUACCAGAGAGAUUCCAAGAAAAUGUAAGCGAAAGAGGAUUGAUUAUAAGUGGCUGGGCACCGCAGAUUUUAAUACUUGAGCAUCCAGCCAUUGGAGGGUUUUUGACACACUGCGGAUGGAACUCUAUCGUGGAAGGGGUGAGUGCUGGUGUACCAAUGGUCACUUGGCCUGUUUUUGCAGAACAAUUUUAUAAUGAGAAGCUGGUAACUCAAGCAAUGAAAUUUGGAGUUCCCGUAGGCAAUGAGUUUUGGAAGAUUUGGGCAACAGAUGAAACGCGUUUGAUAGAGAGAUAUAAGAUCAAAAAGGCGGUGCGUGGAGUCAUGAAUAAUGAAGAUGAAGCAUUAGAGAUGAGGAAGAAAGCGAGUCGUCUCAAGGAAUUGGCAAAGAAGGCUGUUGAAGAAGGAGGAUCUUCUUAUAAUUAUAUGAAGGGUCUAAUUCAGGAAAUCAAAUUUUAUAAAAAGGCUUGA